AUUGAUACUGGAGUAGAGCCAUUCUCUGGUCGUAUCAUGUGGAUCCGAGUCUGGCAUUCUAACCGCAACCCUCAACUCAUUCUCACAUACUAUCUUGAGACCAUCGAGAGACUAGGUCAUAUUCCGAUGGUGACUCAGAGCGAUCCCGGCACUGAAAACUACGGAAUCACAAAUGCUCAUACCAUGUUGCGUCAAAUGUAUGAUCCGGCACUGCAAGGUACAUUACAGCACUGCUGGAUGCGGACGAAGAAGAAUGUGAAACCGGAGAUUACCUGGUCUCAGUUACGGCGUUGGUUUACUCCUGGUUUUGAGACACUUUUGGAUGAAGGAGUGGAGAGUGGCUGGUAUGAUAGCGAUAACACCCUUCAGGUCAUGAUCUUCCGUUGGGUUUUCAUUCCAUGGUUGCAGUGCGAGCUAGAUAGGUAUCAGGACCGUGUUAAUAACACCCUCAAGAGGCCAGAUCGCAACAAGGUGCUUCCACAUGGUGUGCCUAACCUAAUAUACGAAUCUCCAGAAGACUUUGGCACCUUAGACUUUAAGGUAACAGUCAAACAAGACGCUAUAGACCACAUCUGCAGUGUCUAUGUGAACCCCGAUCAUCCUGUCUUCGAUUUGGUCCCCCAACCACUCAACGAUUUUAUUCAACGCUGUUAUGAUGAGCUAGGUCGUCCUCCAGUGACUCGCCAGUCCGUGUGGACAAUCUACUUAGAUCUGUAUCAUUCUAUGCAGCGCUCUGUACAGGUUCCAGCUAUUGUCAGGUCUCUUACAGAUAUCACUGAUGCAGACGAAGAGCCUUUGCCUCUUCUUGAAAACCAAAAGGACCUCUUUUUUCGUGAGGACGCUGAUGGCGCAUACUACAUGGGUGGCAUACAUGGCGGACUGGGUCUUGGUAAGUUUUCUCUCAGCUUUAACAGGGUUCGUCCUAAGUUACUGCACAAUAGAUGCAUCAGAUCAUCGCCGGCUGGAUGA